AUGUCGUACGACAUUCGCGCCAGGGCGCUCCAGAAGAUAGCUUCGCUAUCUGCGACCGCUCCUUCGCCGCUGGACAGAUCCGACCUCGACCGUCUAUGCAGAGCUUGUCACACAGGCGCAAAGAGCAGAGAAUAUACCAAUGGCGCGGGGUCCACCACAUCCGUGGGGAAGAUUCCCAUGACCAUUCGCGAAUUCGAGGUCCUGUUAGCGCUAUGCAAGACGUCACCAAAUAUACAGUCGGCCCAGAGCGCCCAGAGGCUUUCAUAUCAACUGAAGCCAUACAUGCAAGAGGCCCCGUUCCAAACUUUCGUCCCGUCGCCCUUCUUCCGAAAAGUCGAUCCGUCGCCCACCGAGGUUCUCACGUUCCACGUUACAGGGGCAUUGCUCGCUCUCGGACUGAACUACACGGAUCUGCAAGAUGGGGUUUCUGACUGCAUCUCUGGUUUUCUUCAGACCUGCUCUAAGGUCACUGAUGGUGUUCUUGCUCCUCGACUUGGUGGCGGUGACAACUUUCAUCUAUCAGAUGCCAUUCGCACGACGACCGUGGUGCUCGCCCUUCUCGGUUUCAUGGACGCGGUGUCUGCGCAAGCCGACUUUUGGAGACCAGCUGGACGACUACACCUCGCGGAGAAGAUCCGUACUCUAAUCUCAGAGCCCUUUCUUGUUGCCGUUGAGACGGCACUGUCCACGAUUCGCAAUUCCGAGAGUCAGGAUCGGGAAGUCAAGGAAUGGAGACGGCUUAUCCGCCACUAUGCAUACCUCGACCGCCCCCUGGGAGCAAUGCUCCUUCAGCGGACCUUUAUGUGGCUCGUUGUCUCAAGCACAUCUCUUAUGAUAGCCGAUGGGCCAGCUCUUAGGGACAACCAUAUCCUCGACCUCCUCAUGGCGGACUCGGAGAAUUUGGCUCUGGGUUCUUUCAAGCAUCGAGAGGAAGAUUUCAGCUCCAUUGAGGUGUAUGCUGCCCUCGCGACAGAGCAGAUUAACAGCGUCGAGGCCGACUCUGACUUUGUUGUUCGUAUUGGGACUUCCUCUCAGCAAACUCUGGCGUAUGGUGUCAAGUCCGCCGCUCUCAUCGCGUACUUGAACUGCUCGCUGCUUAAUGAGGAUGCGGCGGAUGUUGAGACUCUGCUUACAUGGCUCCAAGAGACCCUGGAAGAUCCAUUCCAGAUGGCGGACGAUACCCUUGCCCCCGUAGUGUUGAAGUCGCUUGCACUUGUGUGUCAAAUUUCGCCCUCCUCGGCAUCCGCCGUCAGCAGGAUCCUUCCACGUUUCCUUGUGCAGAGUGCCCCCCACGGAACCGCAGUUGGGAUCGCAUCGAAGAGCUUGGCCUUUGUGCUCAAACUACUGUCCAAGGAUGCUGUAAUCAGCACUCUCUACACCCUUGGAAAUGUCCUCAGCCCUGAAGCCGAGACCUCUCUCAUUAAUGGCCAGGCUAAUGGCAAUACAUCUAAUGAAGCGGGCCUCAAUGUCAUGUACGCGAACCGCCGCUCAGUGGCCAGCGCCAUUUCGCUGCGGGCCGAUGGCGAGGAGCCUGGUGUUGUAUACGAGAACGUGGUCCAAGCCAUUUGUGGGAUUGCCACGGCCUGCCAGGACGAAAAGAUUACGGCUCUAGCACAGUCGAUGCUUCUACAAAAGCUCGAGAAAGUCAGUGCCGUCGUUGAUGCCCAGAUCAUCGCCGGAGCUGGAAGCUUGGCCUUGAGUGGUGGUCAGCUGGAGUUCCGCUCACUUCUCAAAAUGUAUGCGAGAAUGUCUCAUGUAGGGGUGACAAACAAGGAUGACUCCAUCCUCGGUGCAGUUAUGAAAGCUCGCACUCAUAUUUCAGCCAACCUGGACCGAGGUUCGGCUCUUUUUGACAUUUACUUAGAGCACAUCCUGGAGACCAUCAUCUCUCUUGGAGAUGUUCCUUCCUCGACGCACACUAAAGAGGCAGAUCUUCAGCUGGCUGCCUUGGAAAUCGCUGAACUCCUUCGCCCGCUGGCUGUCUUGAUGUCUACCAACGACUUCGCAGCCGAGCCUAUUGAAAGCGAUGAGUUCACGCAGCUGCUUCGAGAUGCGUGGUUCAACAUCGUCGUCCAUGGGUUCACAACAGCGACGGAGCGGGGCAAGAAAUACAUCAACGAGCUUAGGGUGAUCGCUGUUCAGUCCCCACCUCUCGUCGCAGAAAAGAGAAGCGAACAGGUUGAAAGUGAUAUUGAGCUCAAUACUGUGUUGAGGCGUGGCAACAGCAAUGAGCGAGAGGCUCUUCAGAAGAAGCUUCUGAGCGAGUUGAUCCCCACCAAGGCUGGUGAUAUCAAGGGUCUGAGCUACCGAAAGGUCAUCUUUUUGCAGGCUGCGUACCUGGUGGAAAGCCUCAGAGCCGACGGCGGCGACUGCACCAAGGUUCUCUCUUACUUCCUUGAGCCUAGUAUGCGCAAGGCGGAAGUCAGCAGUACCAUGGAGGGCAUUGCAGCCGCUGUCGUCGACAAGUAUCUGAGAAGAACACUUGCGGGCACGGAUCCGGCUUUCUCAGCUCAAUAUGCUGCGAAGCAGCUUGCCUCUAUUUUCUGCAUUUGCUGUCAUCGCAUUGAGAGAAUUCAACAAGCUGCGUUCGCAUGUGCUGACCGGAUUAUCCGGGAUGUGCCCUCUGCGCUGUGCAGCCGAACUUCCCUGUUCGCCCUUCUCGAACUCUUGUCCUUGAUGUGGACUGGGUGUUUGGAAGCCGAGACUGAUAUCUACACUCCGCGGGCAACAUUCAGCUCUGAGCUUGGCAAUGUAACUGUUGAGCUCUCCGAUGACUAUGACUUCCGCCGCUGGACCUUGGAUAUUCUCAACAGAAAGGCCAAGACUUGGGUAAACACCGCUAUCAGCCUGGCUCCCCUUGAUGUCAAAGGACUUCUUCAAACCUACCUCUCGGAGUUCAAUGAUGAUGGUGCGUAUGGCCAUAUCUCCCUUGGAAGGUCAUUCGCUCUUGAGCUCGGCUCUGUGAUUCCAUCCACAGACCAGCGACUUCAAUCCCUCGAGCGGGUCGGAGACUGCGAUAUCAACACUGCCUCGGACCUGAUUGCGCAAUAUACCACUCGACAGGAAUACCGAUAUGGAGAAAUUCUUCCCGAUCGUGCCAGUGAUCUGGUCAAUUACAUGCACUUGACUAGCCGCAAAACGUCUGAGGCGCAGUCACCUCUGAAUGAGAGUGCAAAUGCUUCCACGGCGCUGGCUCAUGUGGAAGCCAGAAUUCUCAGCAAGAAGUCGACGUCUUUGAAUGAAGUCCGAGACAUUUUGCGAAGAGCGGCAGCUUUGCUGUGUCGCAGCCAAGUCGACGAGUCUGCAAUUGCUCGCUAUCUCGUCAGCAUUCCUUUUGCCUUGUUCACUAAGCAGUCCAUUAAACUUGGUGUGUCUCUCUGGCUUGGUGUCAUAAACGAAAAUCCUCGGCUAGAGUCCAAGCUUGUCAACGAGAUUGCACAGCAGUGGGAGUUCAGCAUCGCCCGAAAGCUAGGAUUGUUCCACCCAUCCUUGACCCAUCCAGACCCUUUCUUCCUUAAAGAGGAGUUUGCUCCCAGUGAUUUGGAAGCGCUUGGAAAGCGAAAGCAGCUGGUUCAUGACCUGCUGUCACCACACACCCGUCUCUUGCAAUUCUUCGGGAGUCAUUUCAACGCAACUCGUCUCAGCAGUGUUGAUACCCGCCGUGUUUUCCUCCGCAUGCUAGACUUAACACUCGACGCUAUGAAGAAUGCAUCCCCUCACCCAAUGGCCAGAGAGCUUCGGUUCCUCGUCAUUCUCUACGCACUAAGGAUGCUACGUGCCAGCACCAUGAUUGGGGCUACCGCACAAUGGAGACUGAAGGAGAAGAUCUUGUCUGCUGGGUUAAGCUGGUUUAGGCACUCCCCCAAGUGGUCAUUUGGUAGCAACAGGCUUCAAUUGAAGACUGAGAUACGCCUUAUCACGGACGUCCUGGCUGCCCUUAAGGCGAUCAGCUUCAUCGGUGGACAGACCGUCGGGAACCUAAAGUCGCUCCAGCCAAAGGAGCAGCUCCUUCAGCUGCUUCUCGAAAAUGAACAGUCACGAUUGGCCGUUUGGAUUAACCCUCUCAACGUGCCUGGAGGUCACAGCCACGUUCAUAGCGCAGCGAAAGCCGCCACAGAGGCAACACUUUGCUCCUUAGUUCGAACAGCCUGGUGGCUCGAUCCGGCCAUUGCCAUUGAGCUUGCCACGAGAUUCUCCUUCCCUCGACUGCACAGAGAUAUCCGCUUCCUACUCCUCACCAUGCCAGAGAGAGCAAUUUCAGAGCCAGAAGCUCUACCAAUUGUGUACGACGGACAUCUGCCCGGUGAUUGCAGCUCACAGUUGAAGUAUCUCUUAUUCUGGGAGCCUGUCAAUCCUGUGACAGCUGUCACCAUGUUCUUGCCCGCCUACAAGGACCAUCCACUAGUCAUCCAAUAUGCCAUGAGGGCGCUUGAGUCUCAUUCUACAGAUGUGACCUUCUUCUACGUUCCUCAGAUUGUUCAGACACUGCGAUAUGAUGCUCUGGGAUAUGUUGAGCGCUAUAUCAUCGAAACCGCGCAAUUCUCCCAGCUGUUUGCUCACCAGAUUAUCUGGAACAUGAAGGCCAACUCCUAUAAGGAUGAUGAUGCGCAAAUCCCUGAUGAGAUCAAGCCAACUCUAGAUCGUGUCAUGAGCAAGAUGGUUGGAAGUUUUGCAGCUGAAGACCGAGAUUUUUACGAACGAGAAUUCUCCUUCUUCGAUGAGGUCACGAACAUCUCUGGCAAGCUCAAGCCCAUCCGAGAUCGCCCCAAGGAUGAGAAAAAGCAGAAGAUCGAGGAAGAACUUCGAAAGAUCAAGGUUGAGGUCGGGGUGUAUCUGCCCAGUAAUCCGGAUGGUGUUGUCAUUGGUAUCGACCGCAAAUCUGGAAAGCCACUGCAGAGCCAUGCCAAAUGCCCCUUUAUGGCAACAUUCAGGAUCAAGAAGAACAAACCCGGUCUCCUUGAAAGCGAGGUAAUGAUCGAGGAGACCAAAGUGUCCGAGAAAGAAGGCCACGAGAGCAACGGCACCCUGGAUAACACCAUUGAGGUGUGGCAGUCUGCCAUCUUCAAGGUUGGAGAUGACUGUCGCCAGGAUGUUUUGGCAUUGCAGAUGAUCGCUGCCUUCCGUGGAAUCUUCCACAAUGUUGGUCUCGAUGUCUACGUCUUCCCUUACAGGGUCACUGCUACAGCUCCUGGUUGCGGUGUGAUUGAUGUGUUACCUCACUCGAUUUCCCGAGACAUGCUCGGCAGAGAGGCAGUCAACAAGUUGUAUGACUACUUCAUUUCCAAGUAUGGAAACGAGGAUUCCUUGCGGUUCCAAGAAGCCCGAAGCAACUUUGUCAAGUCCAUGGCGGCAUACUCCAUCAUCUCCUUCCUGCUGCAGUUCAAGGAUCGACACAACGGCAACAUCAUGAUCGACGACGCCGGCCACCUUCUCCACAUUGACUUUGGUUUCUGCUUCGACAUUGCCCCCGGAGGCAUCAAAUUCGAGCGCGCCCCUUUCAAGCUCACGCAGGAGAUGCUGGCUGUCAUGGGAGGCUCGACCGACCACCAGAGCUUCAAGUGGUUCGAGGAACUCUGCGUCAAGGCCUUCCUUGCAAGCCGGCAGUACUGCGAGAAGCUCUGCCAGAUGGUGCAGCUCAUGAUGGACAGCGGUCUGCCCUGCUUCAAGCCCGAGACGGUCAAGAACUUCCGAUCCAGGUUCGUUCUCGAGAAGACGGAGCGCGAGGCGGCCGAUUACGUCAAGGACCUCAUCAAGAGGAGUUACUCCAGCUACAGCACGGGUGUUUACGAUCAGUUCCAGCUGAUCACCAACGGUAUUCCGUAUUAA